AUGUCCCACAACCAAGAGUGGCAGAGCAGCCUUUAUGAUUGCUCACCUUGCGAUUCUUGUCUUCUCAGUACCUUUCUGCCGUGCAUUCUCUUCGGGCGCACUGCCCAUCGCAUGCGAAAUGCCCCUAGUGUUCCUGUCGAGAGCACCAACUCUGAGUGCAUGAUUUUCUGCGGCAUUCAGUCUUUCACUGGCUGUGCUUGGAUUUACAAUAUGAUGAGACGUGGGGAGAUCCGUGAAAAGUAUGGUAUCGAGGGAAGUGGCAUGGGCGAUUGCUGCACCUCAUUCUGGUGCCUCUGCUGUGCCCUGGUUCAACAAGACAAGGAGGUUCGGGCGAGACAGGCCCAGGGCCCCAACACUCAGGGUUACCAGCCUGUCAAAGACGGCAUGCACAUGCCGUAA